CAAAACAAUCACACUCUAAUUUACACACACUAAAAAGAGCUAUUGGAAGGAAUGUCAAGAAAGAAUUCAAUGAGAAGCCGGAGGGCAUGGGACGUGCUCCGGCUAGCUCUGCUGUGGGCCCGGAGGGGCGGCGCAUUCAGAAACCGGAUGGCUAUAAACAUGCGGCUCCUUCAGAAGGGGAUCAGGAAGCUCCGCCACUCUCACCACCACGGGACGCCGCUCGUCUACGGCGAGCGUGAGCUGUCGUUCGACGACACUCCGGUGAUACACGUCAAGAUGCACCGCCCUGCCUCGCUUCGAUUCAUGAUUCCAUGCAUCAAGCCCCAAGUGGACUUCGAUUACGAUUUCGACUUUGACGAUGACGAGAUUUAUGCCGAGGAGGAGGAAGAAAAAGUGAUCGGAAUUGGCGAGGAAUGUGACGAAGAAGUUGAUUUGAAGGCGGAGGAAUUUAUAGCCAAUUUUUAUAAGCAGAUGAAGCUUCAGAGGCAAAUAUCGUAUUUGCAGUAUCAUGAAAAAAGAUCUACGAAUUGAUGAUCUAUUGGAGUUGUGCUGUUUCCAUUAUAUAAUUUGCCAAUUUUUGGAUUCUUUUGUCGUAUUUUUGUAGAUAUACGUUUUGCAGGAAAUAAGUACUGGAAUUCUUUUCUUGUUUUUCUGUAUAGCAUAUACGGAGAGUAUUAUGAAAUUCAAUAUUUGUAAUAGUAUAUGUUUUGAAAUACUAAAAUAUUUCUGCUCAUUUUGUAACAUAUAAAGUUAUCAU